UACUCCAUUAAUACUUGCCGGGAAGAGAAAACAUCCUAGCGGUUUGACAGCCUUUUCGCUCGUCUUAUAAAAGCUCAAGAGCGUUUUGAAAAAGAAGCAUUCGUUUUUUUACAAUAAUCCCAUCAACAUGAAGUUUUACCAACAGGUAGCUCUGGUACUUUUUGCUUUCGCCGUAGUUGCAUUAGCCGUGCCAACAAACAGACCAAGAAAACCGUUCAGGCCCAACCCCAACAGAGUGCAUAGGCGAAUAGAAGAAACUACGACGAUCCGAACUUAUCAGCCAAAAUACAAUCCCUUCAAAUCAACAGAAUUGUCGACGUCGACUACACCGUCAGUUUCACCUUUACGGAAGAAUGUUUAUUCCUCUUCUUCGACAAAAAUUUCAUCAGUCAAAUUAAUAGAGGAUCUUUCUACUGAUCCCCCAUUUAUUGCUGCUCCUGUAGAAGAGCCAUCCGAUUCACAGUCUUCCGGUCCUCCCCCUUCUCCGCCUGAAUCUGAAGCGGCAAUUUCACUUGCGGAGUUAGAAUUAUCCCCUCCUAUUUUAUUCUCUACUCCAUCUCCGGAUGAAGUAUCUUCUUCACCUUCGCCAACAAAACCAUCGUCUUCAACCUCCAAACCACUGAUUUCAACCACUACAAAAAAGCCUAGCUCCACUUCCGCUUUCAAAAAACCAGUUCUUCUCCGUCCUUCUAAAUCUGUGUCUCCUUCAUUCAAAUCUCAACAACCCACCCUCAGUACUCCCAAAAUAUUGGCCUCUUCAGUAUCUUCUUCUUCCCCUGGCACACCAUCUUUACGUGUUCCAAAAACUGUGGCUUCUCCAAUAUUUCCAUCCAAACCAUCGCAAACUUCGGCUACCUCAGUAACUCCUUCAACCUCUGCUCCAUCAUCAUCUUUACGUAGCCCAAAAAGCUUGGCUCCUCCACUAUUCUCUUCCUUUUCACAAACACCCAAAUCACCUGUUUCAACAGUAUUAUCGCAACCCUCCUUUGGCCCAGCACCAACUAGAAGUGAAAAAUCUGUCAACCUCCAAGCGUCAGAUGACUCUGCCAACAGUGCAUCGGUAAACUACAGCUUCUCUUAUAAGGUCACUGAUCCUCAAACUAGUCAGGACUUUGGCCACAGUGAGAACCGCGUCGGAAACCACACGAAAGGGAGGUACGACGUUCUCUUACCUGAUGGUCGUCGCCAGGUUGUCGACUACCAAAUCCUCAAUGACUCUGGUUAUGUAGCCGAUGUCUCAUACCAAGGCUAAUUCAGCGUCUCAAAAGCAAUUUCAUCGUAACACAUCAAUUCCCUGCGUGAAAAAAAAGAAGAUAAUCGCAUAUUCUUUCUUCAAAUCUUCGUGGCCCUAUCGAGCAAGGGAGAACAAGGGAAUUCCACUUCAGCUAUACCAUACAAUAUUACAAUCUUUUUUAUGCAAUACUGCAGCAUUCCAAGUUGAUCUUUGAAUGUGCUAUUAAUAGUUCUUGAAUAAAUGAAAAUACCGUACUUAAAAAUGUCAGACCAGUUGUUAAAUUGUUAAAAACCUAUACAUCGCUAUACAGGAUUACGAAAAUUUCGUAUCUACGCGCUUCAUGUUGGCUUUUUCACUCACCAUAUACACCAAAUACCAAUUUUCACUGGUAGAUGUCUCUUUUUUUUCGUUCGUCUGCUUCGUUUAUUUAGGUUACCUACCAGGUUUGGUGAAAUCCUGACGUAAAUUAAAUUUUAUUCCAGUCACCAAAAUUUCACAAAUGGCUUCCAUUUUUACUAAAAUUCAAUUGACUGCAUCACUGAUUUCGCGGCCGGCUACAGCUCUACUUAUAAAUCAAAGGGUUACACAAUCACGAGCUUUUUCAGCAAUCCAAGCUCCAGUUUCAAAGCCAGAAGGACGAACAAGAUGCACACUGAUCCCUGGUGAUGGAGUUGGCCCUGAAUUGCUGUACUCGGUUCAAGAAGUAUUUAAGGCUGCUGGUGUUCCCGUUGACUUUGAGCCAAAAUUUUUCAGUGAAGUCCAGCCUUUGAUGAGUGUUUCUUUGGAAGAUGUAGCUGAAUCAAUUUCGCACAAUGGAAUUUGUCUCAAAGGUAGCCUUGCUACUCCUGAUUAUAGUCAUUCGGGAGAUUUGCAAUCGCUAAGUAUGAAACUCCGUCGCAAGUUGGAUCUGUACGCUAACGUGGUGCACGUUAAAUCGUUGCCGGGAGUUAGGGCCCGUCAUAACAACGUUGAUAUGAUUAUCAUUCGCGAGGCUACAGAAGGAGAAUAUUCUGCUCUUGAACACGAGAGUGUCCCCGGCGUAGUAGAAUGCUUGAAAAUUAUCACUGCCGAAAAAUCGCAUCGCAUUGCCAAAUUUGCGUUCGAUUAUGCCACUAAAUUUGGCCGAAAGAAGGUGACCGCUGUACACAAGGCUAACAUUAUGAAACUAGGCGAUGGGCUCUUCCUCCGUUGCUGUCGAGAAAUCGCUGAACUUUAUCCUAAAAUCAAAUUCGAAGAAAUGAUUGUCGAUAAUACAACUAUGCAGUUGGUAUCUAAACCUACCCAGUUUGAUGUCAUGGUUAUGCCAAAUCUGUAUGGUGACAUCAUUGAUAAUUUGGCAUCCGGAAUAAUUGGAGGCGCCGGUGUCGUUGCUGGAGCGUCCUACUCUAGCAACUGCGUCGUCUUUGAAAUGGGUUCAAGCCACACUUUCUCUGAAGCUGUAGGAAAAAAUGUGGCCAACCCAACUGCCAUGUUGCUGUCAUCGUGUAACAUGCUAAACCAUGUCGGAUUAGAAUAUUACGGCAAUAUGAUCCAGAGUGCCGUUGAGCGAGUCCUGAAAGUUGGAAAGGUCCGAACAAAGGACAUCGGCGGUCAAUCGUCUACCAACGAAUUUACUUUGGCAGUCAUCAACAACCUCCGGUACUGAUCCGAUUCCCCGCCGAGUCCUGGAGAGAGGUUGUAUGACAUUCAGCCAAAUGCCAAGAGCAAUGUUCCCUUUACUAUUUCGGAACCUCCUCUUUAAGCAUUUUCUCUUUUCCUGAACUUUCUUCCAUCUCUGAGACUCUGACUAGUUAAAAUUGAUUAGACAAAAUUUUUCAAUUUC